CAAAAGAAGACCUAUUAGUAGAGCCCCAAGAAACCUUUAGCGAUGGAAACAAUUUCUUCAAUCAAUAUGAAUCUGAAGAGAUUGAAGAAGUAGAAAGUUUCCAUACUGACGAGGCUAUGACUAACGAAGAGGACUUGCCUAUUACUCCAUUGGAGAAUAAAUAUAGUCCAGCUAUUUAUCUGACUAGUAUUGAAAAAGUUCUAACUUUUGAGGAAAAACAAGUAAAAGAAGCAACACUUAUCUUAAAGGAGUUUAGUAAAUUAUUUGCAACUGGGCUAGAUAUGUUAGAAUAUGCGACUGAAGUGCAAUAUGAAAUAGACACUAGAGACGCAAGACCAAUCAAGCAAGCCGAUACAAUGGAUGAUGGCAAAAAAAUUCCAGAAGCUCAAACCAUUGAAGCUGAAGAAGUAGUUGAAGUCGUUCAUACUAUUUCUGAAUAUUAUUUCCCAGAAGAAAUUGAGAAAGAGCCCAAUUGGAUAGACUUGCCUCCUAAGAUCAGAAGUGUCAAUGUUGAAUAUAAUGAGUUGACCAAGGAAACCUAG